AUGCUACGCCCUAUUCCUAUGAGUGUGGCAAGAAGCCUAACUUUGGACCAGGCUAUCCAGGGUUCGCUUGUCAAACAGCACUUUCAGGAAAUCCUAUUUGCCAGCGAGGCUAUCGCGCAUAUCAAGCUUGGAAGAAUCGGAACGGGAGUUGCGUAUGCUGGUUUUACGAUAACUAGUAGUUGA